AUGAAAAAUUUUAUUAGUGCAUUAAAAGUUUUACCAUUUGAAAAUAAGAUCUGCCAGCUACCAAUCGAUGAUUCUAAAAUAAACAAACCAAGAAAAGUAAUAUAAUUGAAUAAGACUUAGAUCAUUGGAUACUGUUUUAGUGAUGUUAUUCCAGAAUAAAAAGAAAAUCCAAGAUUGAUAGCACAUUCAAAAUCUGCAUUUUCUUUGAUUAAUGUAGAGUUAGAUGUAAAAAAUGAAGAGAAUAUUUAAAUAUUGGCUGGUAACUUAAUACCUACUUUGGCAAGACCUUUAGCUCAUUGUUAUUGUGGUUUUCAAUUUGGAAAUUGGGCAGGUUAACUUGGAGAUGGUAGAGCUAUUAUUUUAGGAGAUUUUAAUGGAUAUGAAUUGUAAUUAAAAGGGUCUGGAUUAACUCCAUAUUCUAGAUUUGCUGAUGGAAAAGCUGUAGUCAGAUCAUCCAUUCGGGAAUAUUUAUGUUCUGAAUUUAUGUUUCAUCUCAAUAUUCCAACAACGAGGGCUGCUUCACUUGUAAUUACAGAUACAAAAGCAGAAAGAGAUAUUUUUUAUGAUGGACAUCCUAAAUUAGAAAAUUGUGCAGUUGUUUUAAGAAUUGCAGAAACAUUCCUAAGAUUUGGAUCAUUUGAAGUAGAAAUUGAUUUAAAUCCAAAAAAUACAAUCUUACCUAAACUUUGGAACUAUUGUAAGAAAUACUAUUUUGUUGAUUCAGAAAAUCCAUUUUAAGAAAUCGUUAAUAGAACUGCAAAAUUAGUAGCAUAUUGGUAAUGCUAUGGUUUUUGUCAUGGUGUUUUAAAUACAGACAAUAUGAGUAUUAUUGGAUUAACUAUCGAUUAUGGACCUUUUGGAUUUAUGGAUUAUUUUAAUAAAAAUCACAUUUGCAAUAAUAGUGAUAAAGAAGGAAGAUAUAGUUAUGCUAAUUAACCUCAAGUUUGUUUAUGGAAUUUACAAAGAUUAGGUAAAGCUUUAGAAGAUAUCAUUCCAAAUGAUUAAAGUAAUAAGAUUAUUUAAGAUUCCUAUUGGACUUAAUAUAAUUAAUGGUAUUAUCAUAUUAUGCUCAGAAAAUUAGGUUUAAUUGAUUAAAACUAAAUGGAAUUCACUAAAUCUUAAUGCAUUUUAGUAGAUUCUUUCUUUAAUAUAUUACAUUAAAGUUGUUCCAAUUUUACUAAGGUCUUUUAAAUUUUAUAAUAAUUAAAUAUACCACAUUUAUUAGACAUAGAUGAAGAAGUCGAAUUAACAUAAAAUGAUUAUAAAAUUAUAGAAUAAUUAGUCUAAAUUUCAGCACCAAGAGAUGUUUACAUGUAAAUGAGAAAACCAAUAUUACCAAAAUAAUAAAUUGAUUAAUAUAUUUCUUAUGCUACUUCAGCAAAACAUAUACUUCAUAUAUUAGGAAUUGAUGAAAAUUGGCUUUAAUAGUAAAUAAAAUUGUAAAAAGAGUAUGAACAACUUCAAGUUAUUUCAGAAUAAGAGAGAAUUAAAAUAAUCUCCUUAUUAUGGACUGAUUGGGUUAUGCAAUAUAAAUCUGAAACCAAUUAAGUUAAUCGACUUGAAAUUAUGGAAAAAAUGAAUCCGAAAUAUACAAUUACUAAUACUGUUCUAUAAACAGUUAUUGAAGAAGUGGAAACAAAUCAAAAUUAUGCUUUACUAUAAAAAGUACAAGAAGUAAUUGAAAAUCCUUUUAUAAAGCAUUAAGGUGUAGAUUAACUAUUUGAUUAAGUUUGUAAUAAUGAAAUUUGUGUAAGCUGCUCUUCAUGA